AUGUACUCAGAUUCCUUCCACCGCUCACCCUCAAGCACCUCGUCCGAAGAUCUCACGUCUGAAGCGAGCUAUGCGACUUCCUCCAGUCGCAGCUCCGUGAAAGUGCCUAAGCUGAGGUCCGGAAAGGGUCCUCAUCCUUCGGCGGCGCUUCCCAUGUUUGGAACAUGGAAUUUUCAAGCUUCAAAGAACCCGGAAGAGGCGGCGGCAGCGGCGGCGGCGGCGUCCGCAGCCGCGCGCUUGCGCUGCGCGCCGAGCGUGCAGACCCAUGAUCCCGAGAUCGACGGGGGCGUGGGAAGCGGCGGCGCGGGCUUCACAACGAUGUUUGCGAAUAAGGGGAGGGAGAGACGAGCCAUGCGGAUUGUGGAUGGGAGGAUCAUGGAGGUCCCCAGCGGGGGUCAGCAGGCAAGCGUCACCAUCUCCUCCUCCGGAUCCUCUGAGUCUCGAUCACCCAACCGUCUCCCUCACAUACCACCCGAUCAUCCUCUCUACCACCUCUACAACUCCCCGCUCUCCGGCUCCCCGGACCACCUUCGCGAGCCUAACUCCCAGCCUCGGCAGUCGUACCUGCCAGGUCUGGCGCUUGAGCCAAUCGCGUCCGACUCCACUAUGCAGUCUGGCGGUUCCUCCCCCUCCCACUCCUCGUUUUCCCAGGAUGGUGAAGACAUCUCAUGGGUACCAGCAGCCACUGUAGCAGGUUCGGCAGCAGUGGCAGUACAAGCAGCACCACCAGCACCGCCAGCAGCAGCAGCAGCAGCAGCAGCAGCAGCACCAGUACCAGCAGCAACAGCAGCAGUACCGUCUUCAAACAUCCCCUCUGUAGCAACCUCUGUGGCGCCUCAACAGCCGUCAGCCUCUAAACCGUCUCUCGCUGAGUUGCAGUCGCUCAGGCUCAGGCUGGCUGCGGGGGAGAAUCUUUCCCCUCUGGAAAUGCAGCGACUCACUGAGGGGGUUCUUGCUCUCAUGUCUACUCCUCCUGCUGCUGCAUCUGCUGCCCCUGCUGCCGUUCCUGCUGCGUCUGCUGCUGCCGUUCCUGCCCCUGCUCCUGCAUUCACCAUUCCCCACACCGCCAUGACUCUGCUGCUAACCCUUCCUUGA